AUGGGACGCAUUGACCGACCUCAUUGGGGAAGUGUAGCGCAAGUCAUUUCUAGGCGAGAAUCCAAAGCCGAUGGAAGCACAAUCACCUCUUGUUCCAAUGCCUCUUCUCAAACCCCUAGGGCCAACGACCCAAAGGAAAACGAGAGGUAUGACUACCCUGCAGGCCCUGACCCCGCUUUCAAACCCGAAGCUUAUACGACGAUAGAUGGCCAACCCCCUAAACGGCGAGGCCCCAAACCAGACAGCAAGCCAGCGCAGACUCGUCGUCAAGAGCUUAACCGGCAAGCACAGAGAACUCAUCGAGAAAGAAAAGAGCAAUACAUCCGAACUCUGGAAGUUGAAAUCUCGCGACUUCGGGAAGGAUACGCCAAUGAUAUCACCACCGCUAACGCUUCAAUCCACCAACAUCGCCAGAACUUGGAAGCACAAAGAGAGGAGAAUAGAAUCUUGCGGGAAAUUCUCACAACACACGGUAUCAAUGUUGAAGUUGAAUUAGAUCGCCGUAGGUCUCCGGGUCGUGCCCCGAGCCAAGCAAGCUAUCAAGAGAGCAGCGCUCCCUCGCAAACGACGAGCUAUCCUAACACAAAAUAUGUGACUCCGGAUACAACUGUGUCGUCGGGAAGAAGCCCUAUAGCAACAGGUGCAGAACUGGUAGACGCGAAACCUGGCUCGUCGGUGUAUUCAAGUCAAGCACCUCACACCCAUUAUGGUAGUGAGCUUGGCGUUUCUGGUGACAUCAUAAUGUCCAGCGAUAACAGCCCCGUCGUUGCGGAUAUGCCUGGUGUGUUUGACAAGGAACCACAUUUGGAAGUGGAGUUCAUUUUAACUCUUGAGGGAACAUGUCGAGAUCACAUUGAGCGGCUCUGCCGGCGUGCUCAUGACGACGAAGAGCAAGACGUUGUUGCCGGUCAUAUUUUAAUGGCAACCUGCCCGCCACCUUCAGAAGUCGCCCUCGCUGCAAGAGGUCACGAAUACCCGGUCAAAACAUACGAUCUGCCGCCGGCUAAUCUCAAUACGCUGCUUAAUCUCAGCCGCCAGCUGGUCACGGACAACGAAAUCACGCCUAUCAUGGCACUUCAAUCGCUGAAAGAUCAUGAGAUGUAUCACCUCUUGACAAAGGAUGAUGUGCGACGCAUGAUGGACGAUCUUCUCGCCAAAGUGCGCUGCUAUGGGUUUGGCGCUGUCCUCGAAGAUUUUGAGUUCAGAGAUGCAUUGAACGGCGUGCUGGGAAGUAAACUGGAAUUCUCAGCAACGCAAGCGGGAUGCUGUUCUCAUAUACCACUCCGGCUUAAUCAGGCAGCAGAGGACUAUUCGAUGUAUUCAUAA